CGGGCCGUGCCGUGCCGGCUGCCCCGAGCUGCUGCCCGGGCCGGGGCCGAGCCCGCCGCCCGCCCGCCAUGAGCAGCGGGCAGGCCGCGGAGGGUGCCCCCGCCGCCUCCCCCGCGGUCUCGGCGGUGCCCAGGCUGCUGUCUGCCCUCUUCUACGGGACGUGCUCCUUCCUCAUCGUGCUGGUCAACAAGGCCCUGCUCAGCGCGUACAGCUUCCCAUCACCAAUGUUUCUGGGAAUUGGACAGAUGGCAGCUACUAUACUUAUCUUGUAUAUAUCAAAAUUAAAUAAGAUUAUUCACUUUCCUGACUUUGACAAAAGUAUACCUGUGAAGUUGUUUCCUCUGCCUCUGAUUUAUGUUGGAAACCACAUAAGUGGAUUAUCAAGUACCAGCAAACUCAGUUUGCCGAUGUUUACAGUGCUCAGGAAGUUUACCAUUCCACUUACAUUACUGCUGGAAAUCAUCAUACUUGGAAAACGGUACCCGCUGAGCAUUAUCAUCAGUGUAUUUGCCAUCGUUCUUGGGGCUUUCAUAGCAGCUGGGUCUGAUCUGUCUUUUAAUCUAGAGGGCUACACCUUUGUAUUAUUAAAUGAUAUCUUCACAGCAGCAAAUGGAGUUUAUACAAAGCAGAAAAUGGAUCCAAAGGAGUUGGGAAAAUACGGUGUCCUUUUCUAUAACGCUUGUUUUAUGGUGGUUCCAACAGUUAUUAUUAGCUUUUCUACUGGAGACUUUCAGCAGGCAACACAUUUCCAGCACUGGACAAAUUUUUUAUUUGUCUUUCAAUUUCUUCUUUCCUGCUUGUUGGGGUUUCUUUUGAUGUAUUCUACUGUCCUAUGCAGUCAUUACAAUUCUGCACUUACAACAACAGUAGUUGGUGCCAUCAAGAAUAUAUCCAUCGCUUACAUCGGAAUGUUAAUUGGUGGAGAUUACAUAUUCUCUGUGUUGAACUUUAUAGGCCUAAAUAUUUGUAUGGCAGGAGGACUGAGAUACUCUUUCUUAACUUUAAGAGAAAACAGCAAGUCUACGCAAUCUGGGGAUGAAGAGAAUGCACUUCUCGAGUCAAAGUGUUAGUUAAAAUACCUGCUUUAAAAGAGAUUGAGAACUUAAACAAGUAUAUGCUGGAACAUAUUCGGAAUGAGGAAACAAAAAUCUACCUCAGUUACCACAGAUCUGCACACAUCUCAUUGGUUCAGAAAUAUUUUUGCACACCAUAUUUUUUAUGCAUGGACAAGUUUAAUUUUUAGCUUCUUUUUUUUUUUUUUAAAAAAAAAAAAAGAGAUAAUUUAUAGGAACAAAUGCCAUACAUGAGCAAAUCUCAAGUUGUGAAUUUUUUAAUUCACCUGGACUUUGGUGCUAUUUGUACCCAACAAAAUCUGUUAGUUCUGCCUCAGUUUCUGUCUCCUCUUUGAGGAAGAACUCCCUGCAAGGAUCACAAGGUUUGAUUCACCAUUUCCUUGUGCCAUAUGUAAUCUUUGAAAUCAGUGAAGAGACAAAAGAUGCUUGUGGCUUGGAAUGAUUUCACCUAUGCAUUUGCUCUUGUAUAAGUGACUGUAGAAAGUAUGGGUCAAAGAAGAGAUGUGCCCCAAGAUUGUUCUGUGUACAAGCGUUGACUGAAGAACUCAGGAUAUGGCCUAGUGUGUUUGGUAUGUACUGUGUAGACAUUCUCUCUCAAUCUUUCCUCAUUCUCAGUAACAUCACAGCAUUCUGCUGCAGUUGUCACUGUUGUUACAAGUGAAUUGUCAUAACUUUGCUGCAGCAUUGAGGAAAGAAGGAAACUGAGAGAGGCUCUUUUAAUAUUUAAAAAGAUUUUUUUUUUGUCUGAGCCAGUACCAAGCAGGUAAUUUUGAGAGAUAACAAAGGUAACUCUAUUUUUGUUUAGGUACAGUCAUCUUUUUAUAUCACAGUCGUCUUCUCCAAUGUUUUGUCUAUAAUUACUAUUUAAUGCUGCACAGAAGUGAUGUUACAAAUUACAAGAGGGAAAACUGAUUGAUAUAUGGAAGUCUAACUGUUGUGUUUCAACGAGAAGAAAGGGUCAGUGUCAUUUUGCAUCUUACAUAUGCAGUGAAAGUUUUUUUGGUACUAAUUUAUGCUCAAAAUUCAGAGCAGGUAAUCAUGGCAAACCCAAGGGUUUGCUACACUGGGCAAGGCGAGUCCAGUGGUUAAAAAAAAGUCUGAACUCUGAUGGUUUCUGUUAUUUGGCACAAUAAAAGCACUGCUCUGUAUCCUUACUUCCUUCUCUGAAAAUACAGCAGGUAGUGUUUACUUGCAUUUCUGAGGUUGUAGUGUUUAGCCUUUGAAAACACCUUAGAAACAUUGCAGCACUGGAGGACAGCAGAGCAAUUAAUCUUGUUGAAGUUUUCAAUUCCAUACAAGCAUGAGCCAAGAUUUUUUUUUAAAUAGUCAAAUCAAAAGAAGUUUUUGGAAGACCUUGACAUGGAACCAGGAUGAUGUCAUGACUUGUAUCCCAGUUUGAAUUAAAAUACAGCAAAACCUGAAAGGCAUUAUGUGAUGUGUUACACUUGAAUGACCAGACUGGAUUAAAUCUAACAAACCAGAAGCUUCAGCGACUGCCUCCGCUGCCGACUGCCUGCAUGGAUUCGAAUGGAUUGCUUAGCAGCAGACUAACUGUAACAGAAUGAAAUGAAGAGAGAGAAAGUACAGUGGCUGUCAGAAGAAGCUUUCUAGCCAUACAAUGUGUAAUGUCCUGGCAGUGAUUCCUGUGAAAAGAUAAAAGGAAUACCUCGGGGAACAACAACAACAAAAAAAAGUAGACUGGGCUGGAUGAACAAUUCCUUGAAUUCAAAAGGACUGUUUUUUUUUUUUUCUUUUUUUUUUUCUUCUUGGAUCUCAGCCUGAUUUACAAGUAUUAGGCCCAGCACAACUUGUAUUUCAGACUUGUAACCAGUCUCUGGAAAAGAAAAUUGCAAGGGAGUGUAGGUAGAGCUGGAAGUGCAAAAGAGAAGACCUAUAGCUGUGGACUUUGUGAUUCUGUAGUCAAAAAAGGUGUUUUGGUUUGAUUUUUAAAAAUUUAUUUAAAGGAGAUAUUCAGCACCAUUGUUGCAUAUGAAAAGACAGCACAGCUUGUUCAGAUUUAAAGUUUUCCUUGAGUAGUGAAUGACUCUUUGGGAAAUUUGUGAUUGUAUGUAAAUAUUUAGGAGAAAUUUAGUAUUCAGACCGUUUUUAAGACUGGCCUUACCUGUGGAGUAAAAUGAGGUGUUAAGUUAUAGAAAAUAGUAUGAAUUUUUAAGGGAGCUUAAAUAUCAGGAAACUGGAUUGUUGUUAAGAUAGAAUGCUUUUUAUAUCAUUUUGUUACAGUUAAUGUUACAUUCCUUGUGAUUCAGGCAUCAUCUCUUCUCUUUAAUCCAUCUGUGUACUGUGGUUUUCUGACCAAAGGUGUCAGUAAUGUGACAUUUGACAUACAUUGCUGCUCUUCAGUUGAAGAUUUCUGGGUGUCAGAGAUUCAGGUUAAAUUUUAAAGAUGCUUCAUAUUAAAUGUGAAGGAAUAUCAUUGAAAUAUAUACACAAUUUUUAUUUUGCCUUAUCCUAAGUGUAUGUAUAACCAUCAGUGUUUCUCUUCUCCAGUUUAAGUUGGUCUUUGAAGUAUGAAUAAUAUUUCAAACUGCCACUGCAAAGAAGAGUAAAAGUUUCUGUGCCUUCCCUGAGAUUUUCCCUGCUAACAUUAAAACAAAACAAACAAACAAACA